AUGGUGUUCAGGUCGCCGCUCGAGCUCUUUCACGCCCAUCUCUUCCUGCCCGGCACGCUCUUACCGGAGGAGCCUCCCACGUGUGCACCUGCCUCUGCUCUCCCGGGGCUCCGCUUCUACGCAGCGCAGGUUUGUGUUUGUUUAUUUGUGUUGUGUGUCUUACUUUUGGAGAUGACAGUUGUUGUUGUUGUCAGGUGGCCAGUGUGUGUGAGACUCUGGAGGAGAUCGGGGACGUCGAGCGGCUUGCGCGGUUCCUGUGGUCCCUACAGGUGUCCCCAGGUGGCGCGUGCUCCAUCGCCGAGCACGCGCCACCUGGCAUGCUGUGGUCGCCUUUCACACCGGGAACUACCGCGAGCUCUAUUGCAUCCUGGAGAAACACAGCUUUACGCACUGCGCCUCGCAAGGUAAGCUACAGGCCAUGUUGCUCGAGGCGCACUACCGGGAGGCUGAGAGGCUGCGCGGGCGGUCGCAGGGCCCGCUGGACAUGUACCGUGUAAGGAAGAAGAUCCCGUUACCAAGAACGAUCUGGGAUGGCGAGAGGAAGACACACUGCUUCAAGGUCUGUUUGUUUUAUUGGUGAUUAUUGGUAUUUAAUAUGCACUAGCCUAUGGCUCUUCAGGAGGUGUAAUUCCAUACCUUAAUUGUUAUGGAUACAUUUCAUUUCAAUGUAUCUACCUGUUGUUUGAAUUACUUGAAGCGCAACAUUCUUUAUUUUCUCAUAAAUAACCUACAGUUUAUGAUGAUGAUGGUGACGAUGAUCGUGAUGAUGAUGAUGAUUCCCAGGAGCGGACGCGGGGCCUGCUGAGGGAAUGGUACCUCCAGGACCCCUACCCAGACCCCGCGAUGAAACGGGAGCUGGCGCGCGCCAUCGAGCUCACUCCAACUCAGGUCGGAAACUGGUCGGAGACAGAGAGACCACGGCCGCCAACAAGAACAGGUCAUUGUCAUUAAUAAAGUAAAUAAACGUGAUUUAAUCUCAGUUUAGUGCAGACGGGCUGAGGCUAACCCACAACUUACGUUCAGAAGAUCUGGGUGGUGAACUGGUGAUAUUAUAAUAAAACAAGUUUAUAUAUAUAUAUAUUUCCCAGGCUCGCGCACCACGGGAUGCAACCAGGCGUCAUGCGCGUUCUGGCCGGGACAGAAUACACCCCCACCUGCAGCGCGUGCAGUCCGGAGAUGCACCUCUCGGUAAUGGACAGCGACCAUGAAUUUGACAUCUGA